ACUAUGAAUGCAAAGACCACCUCUGGAGGUGAGGAAGAAGCCUCAGGAAUGAGGAAUGAGACCCUGGGAGAGCGUGGCUGCAUGGGAGAGGCCAAAAGGGGACAAGUGAUCCGUGUUGCCUACCUGAUUGCAGCCCUAGACCUGACUUUUCUCUUCAUGCAGAUGGGAGUCGUGCCUUACUUGGCAAAGAGCCUAGGUUUGGAUUCAGUGGGGUUUGGCUAUCUCCAGACCAUCUUUGGUGUCCUCCAGCUUGUGGGAGGUUACAUUUUUGGAAGGUUUGCAGAUCAGUUUGGUGCCCGAGCAGCCUUAAUUCUCUCCUGUACAUCUGGAAGCAUCUUCUUCCUGCUUAUGUCCCUCUCCACCAGCAUCCCCCUCCUCUUCCUCUCCAGGCUGCCAGGAGUGUUCAUGCAUGGGAUACCAGGUGCUCAGAAGGUUAUUACAGAUAUGACUACUCCUUCCCAACGUGCUGCUGCUUUGGGGAAGCUGGGCCUUUGCUUUGGAGUGGGCAUCAUUGCUGGCUCUGCCAUGGGAGGUGUUCUGUCUACCAAAUUUGGCAUUUAUGCUCCUACAUAUGUUGGGCUGGUAGGAAGUCUCAUCAACACCCUGAUAGCAAUGGUUUGGAUCCCUUCGCAGACUAAACCAAAGCCAGACUAUUACAUGACAGAGCACAGCACAUCACAGUCUGGCAGCUUGUUUAGCAUCAGAGAAAUCCUGCGCCUGAUGAAGUUCCCGGGAGUGAUGGAAGUUUUCAUAGUCAAGGUCUUUGCUGGACUUCCCAUAGGUUUGUUCAUGAUUAUGUUUUCCAUCAUCUCUAUGGAUUUCUUUGGCUUGGAAGCAGUGGAGUCUGGAUAUCUGAUGUCAUACUUUGGUGUCCUUCAAAUGGUUGUCCAGGGUUUGGUGGUUGGGAAGCUCGCUAGUCACUGCACAGAGAUGACCCUGCUCAGACUCAGCGUUUUUGUCUUCGCCGGCGUGGGCCUAGGCAUGGCCCUGAUGAGGACCGUGUGGCACUACUGCAUCAUUGCAGUGCCACUGGUGUUUGCCUUCAGCAUGCUGGCCACCAUCACCGACAGCAUCCUCACCAAGGCUGUGCCCUCCUCCGACACUGGUGCCAUGCUUGGGAUUUGUGCCUCAGUGCAGCCCUUGACCCGGACGGUGGGUCCAACCAUUGGUGGAGUUUUAUAUAAACAAUUUGGAGUCUCUUCCUUCGGCUAUUUACAGCUAAUGGUCAAUUUAGGUUUGUUUGUUUACCUCUUGAGGAGUAAAAUCCCACUGGGAGAAAUGAAAAGCCAGUAA